AUGGGCUGGCUCUGGACAUCAUCGCCCCCCAAACCACCCACCGACCAACCCUCGCCCUCUCCUUCUCCUACCUCUGCUCUACCUCCAGCAUCCUCUUCCUUAAUACCCAACUCAUCUCAAGCUCCCAACGAGCCCGUUGAUCCCGAGAUCCAAAAACUUCUCGACCUCUUCAACAAAUCCGACGACACCCCCAAAUCCUCCUCUUCUACUUCUUCUUCAAACCAACCCCCCUCAGCCCUCACUUCAUGGCUCUCCUCCAAAUUCUCCUCCGCCCCCGAAGCCCUGCCCGUCCCGCCCCUCGACCCCGUUAGCGAAUCCCUCCUCCCAACCGAAAUGUCCUGCCGCCAGGCCUUCGACCAGGCCUGGUCCUGCAACUCCCUCGGCGGCCAGUGGAACGCCGUCUACCGCCACGGCGAGAUGCGCUCCUGCAGCCACCUGUGGGACGACUUCUGGUUCUGCAUGCGCACAAAGAGCUUCUCCGGCACCAUCAAGGAGAACGCCGUCCGCGAGCACUACCGCCGCAAGGAGUACGAAAAGUACUACGCUCCCGGCACCCAUAGCAGCGAGGAGAUUUGGGAGGCGAGGGAGCACAAGGUGGCUCCGGGCACGGCAUUUUCCGAGGCUAUCGAGAUUGCGCAGGUUGACGAUGAUGAGUGGAGGAAGUUGGAAGACGAGAGGAGAAGGAAGAUACGACAGGAUUUGGGAUAUGAAAAGAAGUCAUGA